AUGUCCACCGAUGGGAUCGUCUGGGUCGAUGUUCUAUUGCGAGAAAUGGGUCAGGUCGAGGAGAAGGACGACGACGAAUUAACGGAUGCCGAAGAUGACUAUGCGCAGGAUGUCGGGAAAGAUAUCCUCUACAGUGAGGAUGUUGAAGACGCGUAUUACGAUGCUGCAGAGGCGCCAGAGCUAGUCGUAGAAGAGGGGAACGCGGCUGCUGCAGAAGAUGGAGGCACGGCACCAGAUGCAGAGGAAAGGGACGGUGGAGAAGAGGGAGGCCCCGAAGCAGGUGCAGAAGAAGGGGACCGUGAACAAGUCGGAGGCCUGGAGGCAGGUGCAGAGGAAGGGGAGCGGGAAGAAGUGGGAGGCCCGGGAGCAGGUGCAGAGGAAGCGGACGAUGAAGAGACGGAGUCAGAAUAUGGCGACCCGAUCCAGAUCGAACAAGAACGGCAGGCAGAGGAAGAGGACGGUGAAGAGGAGGAGACCGAGUAUUUGGACGCAAGCGAUGGAGACGACGAUGAUGACAGUUCGGAUGACGAGGACGAUGAAGAGACGGACUCCGAUUUUAGCGAUGCGAGUGACGACGACAUGGACGAGGGGGGGAGUACUGAGCAGGGUCACGAAGAGGCCGAGAUAAUUGACAUGGAGAACCCAGACGAGGUUGGCAUGUACUUCGGCGACGAUGCGAAACUCUCGUGGGAAGGGGUGGAUGACUCUGUGCAGCAUCUACACGGACCCCGUUUGGCGCACCAGGUUCUGGGAAGGGGGGUCUCCAUUCGGAAGAUCCGAUUCGCCAACAUGUUCGUCCACUUCUGCCGCAGCAGCACCCAACUCAAAGGCAAGGCCGACCUUCCUGUGCUUGUCAUCGCCUCGAGGAAAACAAAGACCAACCUCUCCAAUAAUCUGACACAUCAGUAUCUGGCAAGGCACAUCGACUGGCAGCUCUGCGGCGUUGGCGGGGUUUUCUUGUGGAUUCAUUGGCUCUACGACCUCGUUCCGACUCGCUACGGGAAAAAAGUCCUACGUCGUCUGAAUUUUCGGAAGCCGCGUAAGUGGGCGAAGAAGCACCUGUUCUUUGGAAUAAGGAAGCCGAGCGAGCCUCCUCCGCAGGCGCAAGACGAGAUGAAAUACGAGACUCAUAACAACUGGAUCAAAUGGGUCAUGACAAAGGCGAGGUGGAUGUUCAGCAAGGUGACCCACAUUUUUCGCAGAUCCGGGGCGCAGGGGCUGAGCGACGACCGUUGCCCCGACAACGACAUUGGCGCUCUGGGCGGGUGGGAGCAGGGGGAGAUGCGGAAGGCGUACAUUAUUGGAAUUCCUUUUCUUCCGAUGCUUCUGAUGGCUGGAUUCAGCGGAUCUCCUGGAGAUUACUACAUAGGCAGAGCACACGCUGAGCUCCCAGUCGAUAAGGAGUGGAAGAAGCUGCAGAAGCUUUUCAAAAAACACAUCUUCCCAUGGGCCGAGAAGGAGUUGAAGAAGAACGCGCGCUUCUGGAUCGAGGGCCAGCACGAGCUGGUGACGGUCCGCGCCGAGAACCAUUGCUUGCGGAAGGCGAGUGGGAUGAAGGACGUCCGCAACGCCGAGCUUGAGGCCCAAGUUCGUGAGCUGCAGAGCGCCAAAAAGAAGAUGGACGAGGAGAUGGCGCAACUCAAGGCCGCGUUGGCGGCUCUCACGGUUUCCUCGCCGGGCAGCAUCGCCGUCGACAACGCUGCUGCAGGUGGUGAGGGCUCCUCGCGUUCGGGCAACGGCGGGGCUGGCCCAUCUACCCCACAGCCGGCGACACCGACACCAGACAUCUACUACUUCGACACUGUGGUGCGGCCGUGGCGUGACUGCACCACAGUGGCGGAUGCAUGGGCGCUGUGGAACAAGUCCAGCUUCCUUGUGGGAGGCCGAACUCUGCGUGAAGUUGCAGAGGAGGCAGGCUUUAUCGUUAAAUGGGCGCAUUACAAGAUCGGUAAGGAAAUCAAGGAAGAGAAAGGCAAGUUCGAACCCACCGUGCGUCUGGCGGCCAAGGGGGGCACCUGUGAAAGGCAGCUGCGUCGCAACCACAAAGCUAUGACAGCGGUGGAGAUGUUCAGGGUGGACGAGUCGCUCGCGGCGACGACCGAGGCGGUGAACGUGCUCGAUGAGGUGCUGUUCCAGACUUCUCCAUCUACGUUCGCAGAUGGGCUGAUUGUCAAGGAUAAGAGGGGCACGAAGAGGCAGCGAACAGCGACGGCUGGGGGGAAAAGCCAAACGGACGAUGCGCAAGAGAGGGUUUCAUACCUCCUCGUGUUUUACGGUCAGCGCGACAACACAUGGGCGGAAGAUAUCUUCGGCGCAUCUCAGUGGUUGUCGAUCAACGACGAAGAGUCUCAAAAGCCUUUGAAGUAG